ACGUCCGUGAUGGCGGCUGUACCUGAUAUGUCGCACCUCACCCCCGAGGAGAGGAGCACCAUCGAGGAGGUUAUAAUAAGGCAGAAGCAGGAGGAGGAGAAGGAAAAUGAGAUUAUGAGACGGAAGCAGGAUGAGGUGAAGAUCCUCGAGGAAAGGAUACGUGCCUGCUCGGAGAAACACAAGAAGGCGGGAGUGGAGUUGCACGCCACGUGUCACAUAUGCCUGAAAACCAAGUUCGCCGACGGCGUCGGUCACAUCUGCAACUACUGCAGCAUCCGGUGCUGCGCACGCUGCGGCGGAAAGGUCACUCUACGGUCGACCAAGGUAAUAUGGGUGUGCAUCCUUUGCCGCAAGAAGCAAGAGUUGCUGUCGAAGACCGGGCAAUGGAUAACGAAGACGGGCCUGGCUGCCGGGGACAACGCGAUGGUGCGACGAAUGCAGGACAUGCAGGUGGGUGGUCCUCCGGGACUCGUGGACCAAACUCAGGAUAAAAGACCGAAACUCGAGAGAGCGCACAGCGCGGCCGAAAAGGAGAAUUUGCCAUUGUUACUAAGCAGCGGAAGUUUGCUCAGAAGGCAGUACUCUCAGCAAGAGCAAGGCCCAGGGCGUCGACUGCCGACGAGCGAUAGCGGAGUGGACAUGUCCGUUUCGCCUCACUCGAGAAGCCUUCCGACGCCCCACGUAGCUCCAUCCCAUCAGGCCCAACAACCGCCCAGGCAUCCGGACGCUUACGCGGAGGAUGACCCGAAUCUGUACAGAGGGGAGAUCGACGGUCUCAUGAAACAGCAGAAUUACCAGCAGAGGCAACGGCCGAUCUACCCGGAUCAGAACACGGAUCUCGCGAUGACAUAUCAGCCUAUGGUAGAAGCGGGCCCACCACGAAGCGCGAUACAUCCCCCUCAGCAGCAUUCGGUGCAUCAGACGCAAAGCGCGCACCCCCCGCAACCGGUGGUCGGGCAGGGUGGUGGUCUUCAGCCUCAGAGAAGCUUCAGCAGCAGCGAGGAGGAGCGAAGCACACCCGAGUGUGCAAGCGACGAGCCUGACGAAUCCGAGAAGGGGAAGGGGUACUACCACCAUACGGGAGGUCCGAUAUCAAUGUCCGGCGGUGGACGUAGGCACAACGGACCCCACAACGGGCACUACAACAUGGCCGCGAUGACCAUCGAAUAUAACGGUCAUCAUCCACCGCGAGAGCCGCGAAAAGAGGAGAACACUCUCGUGAGACGGAGCUUCCGAAGGAGUGGCGACGAGUGGCGCGCCGACAGUAGGAGGUUCACGGAGAGGAGGGGGAAAAAGACAGUACGAUUUGACGGUGGGACCAAUGUCGGCGGCCCUCAGGAGGAUUGGUCUUGGGAGGCCGAUCGGCAGGGUAGCCAAGACAGCGCGACCAAAGACUCCGGGAUAGACACCUCUAGCACGUUCACGAGCAGUGAGGACAGCAACAGGGGCGACCUGCCCAAGCAUCCCUGGCAAGUGAGCAGAGACGGCCAGAAGAUCAUUGGCCACAUGGUAUUGCGAAAGCAGUCCGGAUCCGGGAGCAGUAGUAGCAUACUCGGAUUGAAAGUGGUCGGCGGCAAACUGUUGGAGGAUGGCUCUAUGGGCGCCGUCAUCGAGAAGGUGAAGAAGGGUAGCACGGCCGACAUAGAAGGUCAACUCAGACCCGGUGACGAGGUGAUCAAGUGGAACGGCAGAUCCCUUCAGGGCAAGAGUUUCGGCGAGGUUUACGACAUCAUCGCCGAGUCGAGGCAGGAUCCCCAAGUGGAGCUGGUGGUCUCGCGGAAUAUAUCGUCGACCGCGGGUCCUAUGGCUACGGGGGGGCCUAUGACCGGGGGGCCGAUGGCGGUGAGGAAGACCGCGCAGACCCAGUGGAGGCAAAAGCACCCGGAGACGAUAUCCGGGCCGCAGCAUCACAAAGAUUAUAUGAUUUUUCGUAUUCCAGGUCUUAAGAAAUGUAUUCUAUGGGAGUUGUACGACGCGAGGCGCGAGAAACCUUCGGUUUUAGUGACCUCGCCUGGCUCGCCGGAUUUCCACGCUCGGGGACACGCGAGACACUUACGGCACGCGUCCAGCAACGCGAACGUCGGUGGUAAUCUCCAGGUGAAGCUGAGCUUCGAUCCCGUGGCGCUACGGUUGAUCGUCACGUUGAUCUGCGCGGCAGGGCUCACGCCCAGGAGCAACGGCCAACCCAGAAAUCCCUACGCCAAGAUCUUCCUGCUUCCGGACAAGAGCGAAAAGUCGAAGAGACGCACGAAAACGUUGGCCAACACGAACGACCCGAAGUGGAAUCAGACGUUCGUCUACGAGGGUAUAAGGAGGGUGUCGGAGCUGAGGAAAAGGGCGCUCGAGAUCACUGUGUGGGAUUACGGGAAAUACGACACGAACGACUUCCUCGGCGAGGUGGUGCUCGAGCUCGGGGCGGCGCGUUUCGACGAGGAGGCCGAGUGGCACCCCCUGACGGGGCAUAGCGAGCACCGGCAUAUUGGAUACUAUCAGGAGCCCGAUGACAUGGUGAUAACUCCGGUGGACUGCCAUCUCAGUCCACCGUCGACGACGUCGCGGCUCAGCGACUCUGACACUUCCGAAUGCGAUAUCACGGACUGCGACGGCUCCAGGGAGCAAAGGAGAACAGCUGACGGUGCCAGUAUAAGCAGUAUCGGCAGUUCCUCCAGCCACUAUUCUAGCCCCCCGCCGGAAAGGGAGCUCUGCAUGGACGGGGAGCAUCGAAGUCGAAGGGACAUGUCGCCGCAGGGGCGUAAACGGGCCCUUAUACGGGAUCAACCGGCGUCUAUUUCUGGUUACCAGACCUAUCGCAAGGACGAUAUUCAUCGAGGAAUGAUGAGCCACAGGUCGCACAGCGCAGCGCCCAUGGAUUCGCCGAGCCUUCGGUAUCGCGGAAGGUCUCAGAGUCCCACCGGUCAUCGCUCUCUGUCCCCGCCUGAGCACAGAUCCAUGCCCUACUCGCACGGCUUCGUUCCACCCAGAUUCAGCUCGAGGUCGGCGACAGCCACUCCCACCGGUAGCCCGAAGAAGAGGCAGCUGCCUCUGAUCCCCUCCGCCCUGAAGGAAAGGGCUGUCCAGGAUCUCGAGGAGCGGGCCAGAUUCAUGAGACACCGAAGUAGACAGGUGCACACGUACAGGAGUACGGGGAUGGGAGGUUGGGAAAGACAUUAUAGCGGUCUGUCGGACUCGGAUCUGCUCUCGAUAGAUCACGAUCCGUUAUCGUUGCCGCACAGUCACGCUUAUCGAAUGCACAGACCGCGAAGGGGACACUUAAGUCCCGACAAAGACGUACUUGGAGAUCUCGGUGACUCAGAUAUGGAGAGUGUAGCCUCCGUGACGAGCAGUGCCUUCAGUACGCAAUCGGAACGACCACGUGGCUCUAGAGGACUAAUACCGACAGUUAAAAACGUUUUAAUACCCGGUGUCAUAUCCCCAAUGCCCCUGCCCCCUAGGCGCAAUAGGCGCAGGCACAGACUUAGGGUACCCUGCAGCGAAUGUCACUGUCCGAACAACAAUCCCACCAAGCCCAGGAGCAACAACCCCAGCAAGCACAAUCCCACCCCGCAUCCCCUCGUACGGAGCAAGUCCGCAGUGGUGCGCUCGUUGUACAGAAAGAUGCGUACGCCGUUCACGAGGUCGCAGACCGUCGACGAGAACAUGCUGAGAUAUUACAGCCCGGAGACCAGCGAGUACAGCGUCUCCGAAGGUUACAUGCUCAAGCCGGAGGAGCUUACGGGUAGCUCAAAGAAACGUAUACCGGAGAUAUACGUGGAGGAUUGCCUUCAGGUCGACUUCAACGACCGGCUCAUCGAGAAGUUUCGCGACAGAUACUCGUCGCCCUAUCAACUGGAAGCGGGUACCCGUAGACGGUCGCGUAGCUGGCAAGAUCGCGGUGGAAGAGGGGCGAAAUCUAGGCACCACUCGUUCUCGAGAGGGUUGCACGACGUUACGGACGAUCUCGGCAUUAGGAAUCUAGACGUUAGCUUGCGGCCGCGUAGAUCUUUUUUAUUCUCGAAGGCUAGGAGCUUCGACUACGACGUGCUCCACGACACCUACGCGGAUCGUUACGCCGGUUUCGGACUAGGAGCGGGGAUGCUCUCGCGUAGGGCCAAGAGUUUCGAGUACGACACGAUCUCGAGCAACAUAUUCAGCGACGACAGCCUGAGGACGGCCCGCCGCAAGUUGAAGAAGAAUCUCGCCAUCAACGACGCGGGUUACGGCGACAAGAUACCGGCCCUCGGCGAUCAGAGCAAAUCGUACUUCGACUCGAACGGCGACGAGAAGGUGACCAAGAUUCUGCUCGAUCGCGAGAAGAAUUACGAUUACAUGUUGAAACAGGAUCACAAACCGUUCUACGGUUACGAUUCCGAGUUCAGUUGCGGCGAGACGGAGAUAUACAUGCCGCGUUUCGACGAGCAGGGAGCGGGGGGAACGGGCGCUACCGUUGUCGAGCCUUACCGCUCCUACGAAUUAUCGGAGGAGAACUCGUUCAGCAGCGACGAUCAGACGAUCGGUUUCGUUAGGGAUCCGCUCCUCCUCGGCCGGGAGGAUCCCACGAAACGGAAGUACAGAGAGUCGACCGCGUUCCAACUCCGCGAUCACGAUCCUUCCUCCGCCUUCGCCAGAGACGUAGCGGAGAAACGUGCGAGGAAUCUGGACGCGGACAACGAGCACAUAUACUGCAGCAUAGACGAGGCGAGCGUGGACAAAUACCGUGGCCGAGACAGCAAGAAGAAGAAGAAGAUCCCCCGUUUCUCGAUUCCGCGAGGAAUCGUCCCCGAUUUCGAGCGUUACGACGCGGAACGGAGAAGGACGACGAUCGAAGGAAGAGCGAAUUUGGAGAACGGUGGUUACGAUGGUUACGUCGAAUGGGACGUGGAGGGUUACGAAGACGACGAAGGGUUCAUCGACAGAGGGAAUAUGGACGAUUACGAACGACGAACUUACGAGGAUUACGAGGAUGAAAACGUUGCGAGGAGCGAUGCCGCGAUUGAGAUGUACGAGGACGAUUAUUACGGCGGACGAGAGGAGAGAGGGGACGGUGGAAGAGGCGGACGCAAGAGGAGGUCGUCGCAGUACGCGACGGACGGCGAUUACCGCGAUUAUCGUUCCGCGGAGGAGUACGAUUACGAGGCGCACAGUGGGCCGGAAUACGGGCGGGCGGACGCCGCUUACCAAGAGAACACGUUCCCCCGUAGAAGGAGGAGGAGAAGCAGGCGAGAAGGGACGAGAAGUAGCAGGGAGGAGGCGAGCAGCGCGGGUACGGGGAUUUACGAGAAUUUGGAAGCAGGGACGUAUCGAACGAGGGUGUCGAGCGACGCGUUGCUCGCCGUUCCAACGUUCUCCGAGAGCAAGCGGAUGAUGCUGCAACGGGCCGAAUCGACGCCGAUUCUACGCUCGGACGAGGAGCUGAGCUCGUCGGAGAGGGCCGAGAGAGCGAGGCGUCUGUUGCAUCGCCGGAAACGGAACGCGAGUUGCCCCGAGGCGAGGGAGCUCCGUUACUACGACCCUCCGCGGAGGAAGGGAGGCGAGGAGGGAGAAGAGGAGGAAGAGGAAGAAAGAAGGACGAACUUCAUCCUGGACUCGGACGAGGACUUCGGCUCGAUGGAGACGGUCGUGUGCGCCGACUGUUUCCGCGAGAGGAACCGAGGGACGAUGAUUCGGAGCGAGGGUAUCGGAUCGGUUUACCAGGACGUGGAACAGGUUCGGGACGGUUACUCGAUGGAAUCGAGGUACGAUUACGAGAACGUGGUGGAGAGCCGCGGCGAGCAUUACACGGGGUCGUACGGGGAGCCGCCCCCUCGCGCGGGGCGGGGAGUAUCGGAGUAUCGGGUUAGGCGUAAGACCAGCUGUCCGGAGUGUCGGGAGUUAGCGAUGUCGGGUCACUACGAGUUAGGUAGGUCGGCAGGCUGGUUGGCGCGUAAGAUCGAGGAGAGGAGGCCGUCGAUAGAAUCGAGGCAUAGGUAUUAUCGUAGGCGAAAUAGCAGUUGCCCCGAGGCUAGGGAUCUCGAGCUGCUCGAGAAGAGGGAGGAGGAGCAGGACACGGGGCACGGCCAGCAGGCCCAGCGACACCCGAGUCAGCAGCAGGCGCAGCAGCAGGGUAGUAAGAGGAACGUAGCGAUCAGCGACACCCUCGAGUACUACGAGUACUCGAUGGAGAGCGAGAGCCAGUGCAGCGAGAACUGCGGAUUUGGCCCGUGCGAUCCGCGUAGGCCCCGUAACCGAGCACCCCACCCCGGUAACGCUAAUUCGAGUCUCUUUGAUUCCCAAACCGCUACCUCCGACACUGCUAAAAACUACCACCCACGGGCCGUCGAUCACCACGAAACCUCACGAAACACGAAAUCGUCGCCGCGCGACAACUACGACGAUUCGACCGUGGCCACCACGCCCUCCCCGUCGUCGUCCAUCCGACGGCAUUCCCGGAAAAAAACCGUCGCCGACGACGCCUCCGCCGCCGCCGUCAACCGACAACGCGACGACGGCCGGGACGAUCGCCGAUCCUCCUCCGUGCCCGAAAGCAGCGAGUACACCGGUCAGUCGGGCUCGUACGAGAAACCGUCCAGGAGCCAGCCACCCGAUAGCGAGCACGACGAUCGUAAAAGGGGUCAGUUCACCAGGAGUCUCAGUAACACCGACGCGCCACAGGACGAGAAAGUCGACGGUAGUUUGAGCGACACGGCGAUCGGUUUGAACGUCGAGGACUCCUCGAGAAGGGGUCGCAAGAGCUCGCCCGGGAGUAAAAGCGGAAGUGGAAGUAGCAGCGGUGGGGGAAGCGCGGUGCAGUAUCAGUCAGGUCUGGGGAAGAAGAGUAACAGCACCAGUCAACUGUCCGCUACAGAAUGCAGUGUCGGCGGGGUCUUCGUCGGAAGUGGUGUCGCGGAGGCACGCGCCGGUUUAUCGAGCCGGAAACGCAACAGCACGCCGAGCAGCAUACAACGUUCCGAGGAGAUUGUACCAUAUCAGCGCUUUGAAUCCGGGAAACAGUCGGGAUCGGUGGCCAGUGACACAGCCGGAAGUCUCAACUCGAUCUCUAGUUCCGAAGGAAGCUCUUGGUCCCCCAGUCUACGAAUGUCAGGCGAAACCGGCCAAUUGAGAGAUUUCAUCGAAGAUCUUGGGCCUGGGCAAGUGGUCGGGAGGCAGGCACUCGGUGCACGCUGCCUUGGCGAGAUUCAGCUCUCGCUCUCUCAGAAGAAAGGCUUCCUCGAAGUGGAGGUCAUACGUGCCAAAGACCUUAAACCGAAACAGGGCACUAAAGCCAUUCCAGCUUCCUACGUGAAGGUUUAUUUGGUGAAUGGGAAGAAAUGCAUCGCGAAAGCGAAAACGACAGCAGCCAGGAAAACGUUGGAUCCAUUCUACCAACAGUCGUUAGCCUUCAGAGAAAAUUGCCGGGGUUGUAUACUGCAGGUGACAGUAUGGGGUGAUUACGGCCGAUUAGAAGGGAAAAAAGUGUUCAUGGGCAUUGCGCAGAUCGUGUUGGACGAACUGAACCUCAAUGAGAUGGUGUUCGGGUGGUAUAAGCUGUUUGGCAACAUAUCCCUGGUCAGUGGACCUCCAUCCUUAGCUUUAUCCCGUCGAUCCUCGGCCACGUCCUUAGAGUCCUUUAAGAUUUAAACAGCUCUUCCAUCUGCUAUUCUCUUUUAAGUGUAAUCCGACGGUAGUUUUCGAAUUUCUUUUCGAGCUAAUAAUAAUUCCCACGAUGGAAAGAGUAAAAAAAAAAAGGGGGUAAAAAAAGAAAAAGAGAGAGAAAAAAGUAUAAAAAAAAAGAAAAAAAAAAGAAAAAAAAUACCGAAUAUAUUCUUGAUCGCGUUUGAAGAUAUAAUCUACACACACAUAUAUACAUAUAUUUUUUUUCGAACGGAAUAUCUAUAUAUAUAUAUAUAUAUA